CCCGGUCAGAUAUGAAACGCCCAGUGUUUGCAUUUUAAAUGUGUCACAUGUCCGUGAUUUUUUUCCAGUCCCAUCUGCCGUCAGCACAGGGCGCAGUCGGUGCACUGGGAGGACUCCAGGCUGCAGGUAUUUGCGGUCAGAUCAAAAAACGCAGACAACAGCGCAGAUUAAGGACAUUUGAGAGGAUAUUAUCGUCCGUCUCCUCCCGUCGGCGCGAUGUGAAUGGAUAUUCGUUUUGAGUCCGUGAAAGUUUAUUCACGCUGUUUUUCUCGUUUUCUUUCUGUCCUGCCAAACUUAAAAAUAGCCCACACUUGGAGCUGAUCGAUGCGCGGUGCCGGAGGAGCGGUUUUUCUCGCCAGUAGUGUGGUCAGAGUGGGCUGCUGUGCGCGGCGGAGCGGUGCGCACUCGCUUUUUUACGCGCAAAAGGGGAGAAAACAGUCAGCGGCAGCAGGCGGAACCAGGGGAAUCCGAGAAGGAGGAAUGGAAAUUACAAAACGACAGUGUUGGAAUUAAAACUGCAAUGUCUUGAUCGCGGACUGCACCUGCUCGAACAGAGAGGAGACGCCUUGAAACACGCCGGAUAGAAUGAGGGAUGGCCUUGAAGUCUGUUGUUAAGCUGUAUCCCUGCAUCCGCAUCUCAGCAGUUAACAGGAGGUGGUGACGGCGAGGAUGUAUUCAGAGCUGCAGGCACUGGUGAGGCGCAAAGAUGGAGGCCUGACCUCAGGUGGUUCCUCCACCUCGUGAGCCUCACCCUAUUCACUGUCGUCUGUUUCUGUUGGUGUGGGAGUGAGAAACGUGGAGGCUGUGAUUAGCGGGCUGAGCCCGUGAGUGAACCUAUGGCAGAGAGACAGCACAGUGCAGGAAAGGAAGGCGAAGUUAUUCACCAGCGAAUGAACAAUCCUUUCUCAUUAGCCGAUCGCACAUGAUGUAGAAUGUUGAGCCCACACCGGUCCAGUUCUGUGGCCGAGGACAAAAAGGGGACUGCGGGGGAGCCUGGGAACCUGAAGGGCUUUUAUCUUCAUGGAGUUUAGGGUUUAUAUGUAUGACUCUAUCAUGGACCACAUCAUCUGCUGCCUAUUGGUCCUGGGAGCCACAGUGAUGACCACCCAUGCAUGCCCCAAGUACUGUUCAUGCCAGAAUCUCUCUGAGUCUCUGGGGACAUUGUGUCCCUCCAAAGGCCUUCUUUUUGUGCCUCCAGACAUCGACCGAAGCACGGUGGAGCUCCGGCUGGGAGGUAACUUCAUCCUCCGAAUCACACAGCAGGACUUUGCCAACAUGACCGACCUGGUGGACCUGACCCUCUCUAGGAACACCAUCAGCUACAUCCAGCCCUUCUCCUUUGGUGACCUGGAAACGCUGCGCUCACUCCACCUGGAUAACAACCGCCUCGUGGAGCUUGGUCCUGAUGAUUUGCGAGGCUUAGUCAACCUGCAGCACCUAAUUGUCAACAACAAUCAACUGGGACGCAUCCAUGAAAAGGCCUUUGAAGACCUUGCACCUGCCUUGGAGGACCUGGAUCUUUCUUACAACAACCUGAUGUCUCUGCCCUGGGAUUCAGUCCGACAGAUGAUUAACCUGCACCAACUUAGCGUGGACCACAACCUGUUGGAUUUUAUUCCAGAGGGUACUUUCACUGACCUGGAAAGGCUGGCAAGACUAGAUCUGACGUCAAACCGCUUGCAGAAGCUACCCCCAGAUCCCAUCUUUGCCCGAGCCCAAGAUUCAAUGAUCCUGACUACGCCGUAUGCUCCCCAGCUAUCCCUAAGCCUGGGUGGGAACCCGCUUCACUGUAACUGUGAGAUGCUGUGGCUGCGCAGGCUUGAGAGAGAUGACGACUUGGAAACUUGUGCUUCUCCACCUGCCCUGAAGGGUCGUUACUUCUGGAAUGUAAAGGAGGAGGAGUUUGUGUGCCAGCCACCUCUCAUUACCCAGCACACCCACAGGAUGCUGGUUUUGGAGGGCCAGACGGCCAGCCUACGGUGCGAAGCAAGUGGAGACCCUUUGCCUACCAUCCACUGGAUCUCACCUGAUGAUCGGCUGCUCGGCAACUCUUCCCGAACCGCAGUGUUUAGCAAUGGAACCCUGAGCAUCACAAUCACAACCUCGAAGGACUACGGCACCUUCACCUGCAUUGCCGCUAAUGUAGCUGGGGAGUCCGCUGCCUCUGUGGAGGUGUCCAUCGUCCAGCUCCCCCACCUCAGCAAUGGCACCGGGCAGCCAGCACAGCCAAAGUCACGGCUCUCCGACAUCACAGGAUCCACCAGGAUUAGCAAGGGGACUCCCAAGAGUCAGCCGGAGAGGGUGGUAUCCGUCUCAGAGGUGACGGCUGUUUCAGCGCUGGUCAAGUGGACGGUGAGCAAGUCGGCGCCCAAAGUGAAGAUGUACCAGCUCCAAUACAACUGCUCUGAUGAUGAGGUUCUGAUCUACAGGAUGAUUCCGGCCUCCAGCAAGGCUUUCUUGGUGACGAAUCUGGUAUCGGGGACCCGCUACGAUCUCUGUGUGCUUGCUGCCUGGGAUGACACGGCCACCACGCUCACGGCCACCAACGUCGUGGGCUGCACACAUUUCUUCACCCAGGAUGACUACCCUCAGUGCCAGUCUCUGCCCAGCCAGCUGCUGGGAGGCACCAUGAUCCUGGUGGUGGGAGGCAUCAUCGUAGCCACGCUGCUUGUGUUCAUCGUCAUCCUCAUGGUGCGAUACAAAGCUGCAGACACUGAGCCUCCUGUGGGGAAAUUGACCAGCGUCAGCGACACGCACUCCCAGACCAACGGGGGCCGACUCGGGCAAAACGGACUCCUCAUGCCCCAGUCUCAACCUCAGCCUGAGCCGAAGGUCAAAGCCAAAGUGACUCUGAAGGAUGAGGUUGUGGAGUUCAAGUGCGGCUCCCUUCAGAGCAGCCUCACCUCCUCCUCCUCGUCCUCGGGCUCCAUGGCUGGGGGAUCGUUGAGCCCCAACAGCACACUUGCCAGCAUUUGGAGGUCCGCUCCCUCCAAGCCCCGGACCAACCUGGAUCACCUCCUGGGGGCCUUCACCUCACUGGAUCUUCGAGGCGCUCAGGGCCUUGACCCAGGAGCAUCGGGCAGCGCUACGGUGGUGACAGCGAAGCCCCACACGGACAGGGAGCCGCUGCUGGGCCGGACGCUGGACUCCAGCCUCAGCCGGCUCCUCAUGCUGCCUCUGGACUCCAAGCCAAAGAGGAGUCAAUCCUUCGACAUGGGAGACGUAACAGGCGCCGGGGUCUCUCAGCUUUGCAGCAAACCUCGCAGGAUCAGCAGUAUCUGGACUAAGAGGAGCCUGUCUGUAAAUGGCAUGCUGCUGCAGAGCGAGGAAGAAGGGGACACGGGCGGCAGCAAGGGGACGUUAGACAGCGCUGACUGGGUGAUGGAGAGUACUGUCUAGGUCAGAUGGAGAACCGUCACACUGUCAAACACUGCCCAGACUGAUGGCCUACAGCCACGCCAAGACAGACCUGCUGGUCUAAGAGCCUUUGUUCUGCAUGAAGCACACCCAUUUGCAUCCCUUCCGCUCUCACUGCUCAGACUCAGGUGAGACAAGCGGAGCUGUUUUCACAGUCCGAGCCAAACAAAAGGAAGAAAAAGACCUUUGGACUGUUUUGCCUCACACUUUGUACAGAGAUGGAUUACGAUGGCUGGUCGGCCACAACGGCAGAGCAACAAUGUUGUCUGUUACAGAGAUAUAAGGUGAUGACCAUGGGCUGAUAUUACACUGUAUAAAUUCAAAGUAUGUAAUGAAAUUAAAGUUUUAUAUUUUUUAUUUUGCUGGUCAAACACAAAUGAUUCGUUACUGGUCUCUGCCUUUACACUGGAGCGAGGCAUGACCAGUGGUUACACUAUGAAAUCUUUUACUGUAAAUUCAUCCUCAUUUUAGUUACCCUCUGAUGCAGUUUACCUUUCUCUGACUGAAUGGUGCAGUAUAUAUAUAAAUAUAUAUACAUAGAUGUGAUGCUUUGACUCAUUAAGAUUUAAGAAAAAAAAGAUUUAUUGACAAAGUUGUAUGUGAAUAUAUUUACUUUCUAUACAGAGUAUAUAUUUGAGGGGUCACUCAAUGAUUCUGUAUGCUAAUUAUAUCAAAUCUUAUGUGGCUGCAUAGAUUAUGAAAUUCAUCAUUUUCAAAACUAUGGCUGUGUUAUAUAGUUUGUUUUCAAUGCCAAAUUACUGAGGAGGAAACUGGUGCAAUGUGUGGGACCUUCCUAGACAAUUAGGCCUGUUUAGCCUCUGUGCAUUCAAUUUGUUAGUUUCAGUAUCAAAAUUGAUGGGUUUGAGGUUGGUUUUUCUUGUUCUUGUUUUUUUGGGUUUUUUUUUUUGCAUUUUUUGAAGAUACAUUCCCUGCUUUGUUGCAGCAAAUAAACCAAACUUUAUCUCCCUAAUAAGUGAUAUUUACCACACAUUCAGGGUGACAAGUGAGGAUGCAUAUUUUAGCGGAUAAUUUGGUUUUCAAAUCAGUAAUAACAAAUUAUAACUUGCAAAACUCACUAAGGGAGAAGAAACAUGAGCAACACCCUGGUUUUAGAUGAAGCAAUAGUUAAUCCAAGUCAUUUAAAAAACACAACUUCUUGAUUAAUACUGGGAAACACAAUGAAAAGCUUAGUAACAAGUGUAGAACUUUAUAGCCUAUAAUGAACUAUUUUAGUAACUUUAAACCCGGAUUAGGCUGUUUUCACCAUUUUCUAUGAUGUCGAUAGAAACAAUUAGCUGAUUAUGAACCCAAAUGAAAAUAAUAAGAUUAACACACAGUUAAAUAGAACCUGCGCAUACUCCUUUUUUUUUUUACCAUGUUUCUUUCAAACCCAUGCUUCUUUUUAUUUUGAGGUGGGAACAGCAAAAGUUUACUGCUUUGCUGUAUUUUUAAAAUAUACUCAUCAGGUUACUAAGCCUCUUAUUUUGUCUACCAAGCUUAUAGGUUACUUACAACCUUCAGAAAGGCCCGCAAAUUGUCAUGAGAUUGUCCUCUCAGUCAUUUUGUAUGAAAAUACUGUUAUCAGAGUCACUUUCUUUCAAAUGCUCGGCAUCACGUUGUGCCGAUCGAAUUCCUCCGUGCUCUUGUCAUGCGCUGGUCAGUGUUCUCGGGAUUCAGAUAAGCAGGGUUUAAUAAGAAAAACUAAUAAUGAACCUAUUUAAUGAAAGCUCAUUGUGCAGAAAGUUUCUGUUGAGCAACGCGAAGUUGCGCGCUUUUAUCGUCAGGUGUUGCAUGUUUCUGCCGAACUGACCCAUGAGACAGUUUAGUCCAGUGUACACACUCAUGUUGUCAUAUCUCAUGUGUUGUCUGAAUGACUUUGUGAUAUUUCUGAUAUGACUGCGUGUGUACAGUGUCUCUGUAUAUUGGAUUUUUUUUUUCUUUUUUUGUACCAUUCUCCAGUUGGAGUCUGUGCUGCAGUCGGACUUGACGGUGGAAGCAGAGGUUGGUGAGGGAGCAGCGGCUUUACUGUGUUGUUACACUGCAACUGUGCACAUUUCUUACUUGGAUCUGUAAAAGAUGUUUGUGUGGUCAAAUUUGUUGUUUUUGCUACUAAGAUAAAAACUAAAAAUCUCCUGAGGCAGCUAUGGGAUAUCGGAGUGUUCCUUCUAUUUUGGAUGCUGUUGGUUUACAAUGAGGCUGAAUGCUGUAAAUCUGAACAAAUCAAAGAAGUAGAGGCACAAAAAUAAAAGACAAAGGUGAUGAAAGUGGA